AAAAUCAAAACUUCGAUAAUGGAAGUUCGCAAAUUAUCAUUCACACCAUGGCGCUGCUUUCGGCUGCUGAUGAAUCUCCGCAGUAGUGACUUUCCAACAACAUUGACUCGACCUCCACGCCACCCCACAACAACUUGAGCAACGCCUGCAUUGUUAUUGUCGGUUGAUCCAUCCAAUUCCUGUCCGGCCAAAACGAUCCCUCUAUCACCUGUUUCGACGGUCCAAGACAUACCCUCUUCAGCUUAUGUCACUCUCUUUCUCUAGCUGCCCCCUUCCAGUCUUCGGCACUCGCCCUCGGCUCCUCCGACGUUCCCAAAAGGAAGAGAUUGGUGAAAAGCUUUGGAGAUAGCAAACUUUGGGGGCCGUUGAAUCUUUUAGACUAGGCUGAAUCCUCAGGAUAUUGGAGAAGCAGGGGGUCAUCUAGUAACCAUGGAGGAAGGUAUGGGAGCAUUGAAAUACUCGCGGACAGCCUAUGAAGAGGCAUUGGAUGUACUGUCCUCGUUGAUUGUCAGCCGUAGACGCUGUGAUAAAUCUGGAGAUCGGUUUGAGUUGAUGUUUGAGUAUGUAAAGAUGCUUGAUUUAGAGGAGUCCAUGUCGAAAAUGAAGGUCAUCCAUGUAGCUGGCACCAAAGGCAAGGGAUCCACGUGCACCUUUACCGAAUCCAUAUUGCGUAAAUGUGGCUUCCACACUGGCCUUUUCACUUCUCCUCACCUUAUUGAUAUCCGAGAAAGAUUUCGCUUGGAUGGCAUCGACAUCAGUGAAGAGAAAUUUUUAGCCUAUUUCUGGUGGUGUUAUAAUAGGCUAAAGGAAAAAACUAGCGAGGAUGUACCGAUGCCUCACUUGUUUCGCUUCCUAGCGUUACUUGCGUUCAAAAUUUUUUCAGAUGAACAGGUGGAUGUAGCUAUCUUGGAGGUUGGUUUAGGUGGAACUUUUGAUGCUACCAAUGUGGUCCAGGCACCCAUUGUGUGUGGUAUAGCUUCUCUGGGUUACGACCACACGGAACUUCUUGGAAACACUCUUGGUGCGAUAGCUUCGGAGAAAGCUGGUAUCUUCAAGCGUGGGGCUCCAGCUUUUACUGUAUGUCAACCUGAUGAAGCCAUGCAUGUGCUUAGAGAUAAAGCUUCCCAGUUGGAUGUACAACUUACAGUAGUGCCAUCGUUGGAUCCGGAGCUUCUACAAGGUCAUAAACUCGGGCUUGAAGGCGAGCACCAGUAUCUAAAUGCUCGUCUUGCUAUUGCGCUAUCCUCCACUUGGCUUCACAGGACCGGCCAUUCCAAUCUGUCGUACAAGGAACAGAGCGGGUCUUUGCCUGAGCAGUUCAUAGAAGGGCUAACCACUGCCAGCUUUGAAGGGCGAGCUCAGAUUGUUCCUGAUAGAUAUAAUGAUAUUGAAUCCCCGGAAGAUCUUGUCUUUUAUUUGGAUGGAGCCCAUAGUCCUGAGAGCAUGGUGGUUUGCAGUAGCUGGUUUUGUGCUGCAAUAAAACAUAACCAGGAAGGGAUCUUAGAUCAUCAGUUGGAUGAUAAUGGUACAUCUUCAAAUAAACUUCUUCAAGGAUAUGAUAAUGAUGAGGCAAGGAAGAAAUCUGUGCAGGUGCUAUUGUUCAAUUGUAUGUCGGUACGAGAUCCACAAUUGCUUCUUCAACCUCUAAUCAAAACGUGCGCAAAUAAUGGGGUCCACUUCAAGAAGGCAGUCUUUGUUCCAAAUACAUCAGUGUUCAACAAGGUUGGAACCCAUGGUUUAGCAGAAGCAAAUGGUGAAGUAGACCUUUCUUGGCAGUUCCAUGUUCGAAGGGUGUGGGAAAACAUCAUCCAAUCUGAGAAAGGAGGCGAUUCUCAAGGCAUUGGUACCAUGGUUGAAGAAGAAAGUGAAAAACCAGAAGUGAGUGGUAAGUGCUGCGAGAACAGCGCAGUGUUUUCUUCUCUCCCAAUGGCCAUUAAAUGGCUCCGGGAUAGUGUUCUGCAGCAGAACAGGUCCAUUCGGCUUCAGGUUCUUGUGACUGGUUCUUUACAUCUUGUGGGAGAUGUGUUGAAAUUAAUCAAGUGAAGGACGGGACCUGUUUAGCGUCCAUGGCGAUGGGACUACGCUUUUACUCGAACAACGACAUCAGCAAGAACUGGGUGCUAGAAUUCUUUGAACAUUCAUGGUCUCAUAUUUGUUGUUUACAAGACUUGAGGUAAUAAUGGCCUUCUUAGGCUUCCAUUUUUAUCAGGGUUACAUUUAUUCUCUUUGGAAUAAUGAAAAUGCCAAAAAUAUAAAAA